AUGUUGUUCUCUCCCGUUCUCUCCUUAUUCUCCUUUCUGGCUCUCACACUCUUCGUCUCUUCUUCAGCCAUAUCAAGCCACCAUCAUCACAACCGCCCAACAGUCUACCUCCUCCGGCAUGGCGAGAAACCCGCAGAUCGAGACAACCAUGAGCUGAACAAGGAUGGCUACAAGCGAGCAGAGUGUCUGCGCACGGUAUUCGGAGAGGAUUCUCCGUUCGAUAUCGGAUAUAUCCUCGCGCCCCGCGUAAAGAAGAACGGCGACCACAGACGCUCCUUCGAUACCGUCCACCCUCUCGCUAAAGACCUCGGUCUCCCUGUCGAUACCUCCUGCAAGCGGAACCAUGCCAAGUGCGUAGCAAAGCAUAUCAAGCGGUAUGACGGUGAAGGGGACAUUCUCGUUUCAUGGCGCCAUGGGAGGAUGGCGGAGAUCGCAGAGAGAUUGGGAGUCGAGGAACCGCCCGAGUACCCCUAUCAUCGGUUCGAUCUCGUCUGGACGAUCCCGUAUCCCUAUGACAAGGUCACGAAGGUCUGGAGUGAGGAGUGUCCCGGGUUGGAUGAGAAGAGCAAUUCAUCGCCGUUGAAGAUCCAAGUGUAA